GAACACAGCAUCGAGGCAGGUGGCAAGAUAAUUUAGAUUGUUAGCAGGGAAAUCAGCCUCUUCGCGCACGACCGUUUCAGUCACCACCUAAAUAUCAUCAGCGCUGCACCUGGUCACCAUUAACAACCGCAUUCAUGUCGUAAAUUAGCCCAUUCGCUCGUCUUUUUUUUUUUUUUUUUAAAUGGAGACCAACGGCCACUACCAGCGCGACGAUUAGCGCGAAACACCAACGAAGAGGCAGCCGCGCUCCGACACAGACGUGCUCGGCGCAAAAUGAAGGCCUAAAAGGUGGUACCGGGGCAGAUGUGCGUGGAAACGAGCAGUUUUCGUGCUGUAUUUGGUCUUCAGGUGACACUCGUAGCAGCAGCCCACGCACGCCAAAGAUCUUGGGUUGUUUAAUGGCGGUCAGUCCACGAGGCACUGUAGCAGACAAAACAACAACCCCCUCUCUCCAGGUUAGAAAGAUUAAUACUGCCCGGGAAAGCAAAAAGAUGUCCUAAUAAGAUGACGUUUGCUAGCGACAAGGUAUGGAAUGGCUAUUUGCGCACUCAGAUGGGGACCAUCGCCAACAUGAUCAAAGUGCGCGAGAUCGUGCCCCACUUGCCGUGCCUGACCAAUCACGACAGGGAGACCAUCGAAGCCAAGCGGGAGAUGUGCGGCAACCAUGACAGCGUGGUGCUGCUGCUGGACUGCCUGAAGAGGCGGGAGAACUGGCUCGAGCACUUCAUCCGUGCUCUGGACAUGUGCGAGCACGGCGCCAUCGCUGCAGAAGUCCGAGCUGAGUAUGACAGGCUCCAAGGCGCCAGCAACUCCGCCCCCAGCUCUCCCCCAACCGGCGUUGCGAAGGUCCACGUCGAUCCUGCUCCGUCCGCUGCUCACCUUUCCGGGUCAGAGACCAGCAGCCCCAGCCAGGCUGCAACUUCCCCAUCCUGCCCUCCUCAGGCCGACCCGGAACCAAAGAUCCAAACUCUCGCGCCCGUUCCACCGCCAGUAUCUGAACAGCCACGUGCCUCCUCCGCCUCUGAAACAGAUAUGGAUCCUCUGGAAAGCUCUGAAUCUAACAAAGCGGUGCCUGAGGAGGUUUCGUUCUACUGCGAUGCAUCGCUUGAAUCCGGCCAAGUUGCGGAAUUGUGCGACACAUCCCCGUGCGAUGUCAUUGAAAGCCCGCCGAAAAGUCCCAUUGACCUGGAUUUGACCGACGCUCGCCAGACCCCCGAGAAGCACCCCGUGCAGGAAACUGCCGCAACUGUGGAAAAACUCACUCCCGCAGCUGUUACUUUGCCGCCAGGAGAUAUUUUGGAAGCUCUGGCAAAACAGAUCAUCGUCGAGAAUUGUUCGGCAACAGGAACUGCGAGCCCCGUCUUGUCCGCCGCCGCCGCCUCAAUGUGCCUGAGCACGCCCCGCACACUUACCAGUAUCGCGCCGCAAGACGAUCCCAACUCCAACGACGCCGUAUCCGGAUCAUCGGCCGACCCCUAUUCCGGUGACACGGACCGUCUGGAAAUAAGCGAGGACAAUGAAGAGGACGGGGUGCGGGUGAAUGUGGUGCACAUCUCCCAACAGUCGUCCGUGCUUAACUCGGACGGCCAAAGCGCGGUCAACAGCAUCUCCGCCAAGGAAGUCCAGGCCGAGAAGCCGAGCCCUCGCGGCGCGCUGCCCGCCAACGGCAAGUUCAUCGCGACGGCGCUGGGAGUGGGCGUCUGCGCGCUGUUGGUGGCAUGGAAGUUGAAGCAUUAAGGAGAAGCGCUCCACGUUCAAGGCAGCGUUUCCCAACCACUUUUUGAGCCAUUCGCAUUGAAAAAAAGUCUCACAGCACAUCACCUGGCUUUU